CGGGGCGGUGUUAGGAGACUCACUUCCGCCCGCGGUGGCGCGGCGGUGGUGGCUGCGCAGGAGACCCGGUCGCGGUCCCGAGGGACAGACGGACGGACGCAGGGGCGGGCGGCCGGGAGCCAUGGAGUGCGGCCCCGGGGCCGGCGGACGCGGGCGGCGGGUGUCCCAUUGUACGGCAUGGAGACCUGUGGCUGCGAGGCUCCCGAGGGCUCGCCUUGGACCACGAUGGGGCCAGGCCGCGGCCUCCUAACCGGACUAAGGUGUGCGGCCCGCGUGCCUGGCCGCCCGCUGCCCGCGUCUCAGAGCACCCCCGCCCCUCCCCUGGCCCGGCGCGGGCCCCGUGCCCGCCAUGAACGGCCUGUCGGUGAGCGAGCUCUGCUGCCUCUUCUGCUGCCCACCCUGCCCGGGCCGCAUCGCCGCCAAGCUCGCCUUCCUGCCUCCCGAGCCCACCUACUCACUGGUACCCGAACCUGAGCCGGGGCCUGGAGGGGCCGGCGCUGCCCCCUCAGGUCCCCUGCGGACCUCAGCGGCCACCCCCGGGCGCUGGAAGAUCCACCUGACGGAGCGUGCUGACUUCCAGUACGGCCAGCGUGAGCUGGACACCAUCGAGGUCUUCCUGACCAAGAGCGCGCGCGCCAACCGCAUCGCCUGCAUGUAUGUGCGCUGUGUACCAGGUGCCAGGUACACAGUUCUCUUCUCGCAUGGCAAUGCAGUGGACCUGGGCCAGAUGUGCAGCUUCUAUGUUGGCCUGGGUACACGCAUCGGCUGCAACAUCUUCUCCUAUGACUACUCUGGCUAUGGGAUCAGCUCUGGCCGGCCCUCGGAGAAGAACCUCUAUGCUGACAUUGAUGCUGCCUGGCAGGCCCUUCGUACCAGGUACGGCAUUAGCCCCGACAGCAUCAUUCUGUAUGGCCAGAGCAUCGGCACAGUGCCCACUGUGGACCUGGCAUCGCGCUAUGAGUGUGCUGCGGUGGUCCUGCACUCGCCUCUUACCUCGGGCAUGCGGGUGGCCUUUCCUGACACCAAGAAGACCUAUUGCUUCGAUGCUUUCCCUAAUAUCGAGAAGGUUUCGAAGAUCACGUCACCAGUGCUCAUCAUCCACGGCACAGAGGAUGAGGUGAUCGACUUCUCACACGGGCUGGCACUGUAUGAGCGCUGCCCAAAGGCUGUGGAGCCACUGUGGGUGGAGGGCGCCGGGCACAACGACAUUGAGCUGUACAGUCAGUACCUGGAGCGCCUGCGUCGCUUCAUCUCCCAGGAGCUGCCCAGCCAACGCACCUAGCCAAGCCACAGGGACCUCAGCAGUACAUGGGUUCCCCUGCCGGGGCUGCAUGUGACCCGGCGUCCAGGACCCUGCUCGGCAUCCCACGGGCCACGAGCCAUGUGCAGGCAACGUGGUAGCAGAGAGAAGGAAAGAGGGAAACUAAUUAAAGGUUUAAGAUUUCAGGGUUA